AUGGAAGUUCUUGCUGACGACUUUUCUAAUCGCGGACGUGGUGAACAACAACAAUGCCAACAAGUCGAUAAUGGUUUGACAAGUUCGCCUCAACAACAACAAGAAAUUGCAGUCCACCACCACUCAGUCGCCUUUCGAAGAGCUCCAUCUGCCUCCUCCCUCUUACGGAUUGACACAAACAAUGGAUCAACACCUGACUUGAUCUCACCGUCCGAAGCAUCAUCAAGACCAACAUCACUCGCAAACUUGGUGGACUCUGAGUUAUGGUCUGGAACUGGAUCGUAUAGAGAUGAUGUCAAAUCGGAAUCUCCUCACGACUCGCAUAAUCAACCACCAGUGGCGGUUCCUCAUGGAGAUCAGACAAACACAUGGACCCCAGCAACUGCGCAUGAAACAUAUCUUGCUUCAGCGCAAGAACCAGUCUUUGACAACCAUGUCAAUGCAAACUCUGCUGCGCCAACAUCUGAAGAGAAUCCUUCUUCUUCAUUCUCAACUCUUGAAGAUGGCGAGAGAUCAGAUGAUGGCAAGGGAAAUAAAUCCAUGACUCGAUUCCAUUGUCGAGUGGCUAACUGUAACAAGACGUUUUCAACAAGUGCACACUUGUCACGCCACACCAAACUUCAUGAUGGUCAUCGACCUCACAAGUGUUUGCUUGAUGCAUGCGCCAAGCGUUUCACACGGAGAGAUAACAUGAUGGUUCACUAUCGCGCUCACGCUCGAAAGUUGGGUAUGCUAGACAUGAACAGACACGAAAGAAUAGUAUCUUCUAUCCGCCACCAUCAACUCCUCCAACAAGGUCCACCAAUGUCACACAUUGACGAACAAUCCGCCGAAGCAUUCGCCCAUUAUGGCCACCCCCAACAAUUACUCCACCACGAGCACCAUCUACCUCAUUUUAUGGCUCCACCGCACGGAUACAUGUUUCGAGGAGACGGUCGAUCCGGUUACGAUAUGCAUCCAGGAGCAGGUGGUGGAGGACCAUUAGGUCCUGCACCGGGAGUCAUGUAUGAACCAACUGAUCCAUCUGCAUACUUGUACGUUUACCCUGGAUUGCCUCAAGGAGGCCAAGGACAAAUGCCCGUUGGGCAAUCAACUGUUGGCGCAAUGACGGGUGUAGGAGCUGUACCAUCUCAAGCUUUAGAACCCAAACGUGGAGGCGGAUAUGAAGCGUUCGAUUUGGCAAGCCUUCAUCCAUCUUCUGCUGCAUCUGUUGGUGCUCAUUAUAACAGCAACGAAAGACCUGGUGCUGGUGUACCAGAAAUGUAUCGAUACCUGCCACACCACUAUAACGCUGCUGCUGCAUUCCAUUCACAGCAACAACAACAAUUACAAAAGCAGCCUCAACAACAACAGCAACGGUCGCCAAACCCUGCCAAUGGUCCACAGCAGCAACAACAACCGCAACAAAUGAUGCAAAGUAAUGCUGCUGCAAUGAAUCAACAACAGCAACAACAACAAUAUUCUCGUCAACAACGUGCAAGUCCACCACCAUCAGGAGGCCAACGGCUAUCGCCUUACCAAUCUGCAAACCCACUACAAGCAUACCAUGCAGCUCCACCUGCACAGAAUGCCGGUUUAUGGCCACGACGGGAAUAUUAUGGACAACCACCGUCUCAACAACAAAUACAGCAACAACAACAAUCUCAAGCUCAACAGCAACAACAUCAUCACCAACAACAACAACAACAAAAUCAGCAACAACCACAACAACAACUACCAUGUCCAGUAGACCAACAGCAACAACAACAGCCAUACAUGUUGUAUACAAGCCAACAACCUCAUGCCAUGAUGCGACCUACAAACGAACACAAUGUCGAUGACAUAGCUGAAGCAGUAGAGGGACGUGCUAUUCACUCGUCUCCACAAUUGUCAAUCUUUUGA